AUGACGCUUGACCUCGCAACCUAUAUUCCGGCUAUCAUGCAGACAUACUCUAAUGAUUCUACUAUGACAAUGGCACAUGCUUCGUGUGGGGACUCUUGCACCGCUACCAUUCAGGGAUUUGGAUUUGGCGUCUACUGCAACACCACGAAUGUAACCGCCUCAUUCGAUGAGAAUCUCGGCUAUCAAGCGACCUACUUUGAGACCUCAGUCGAUCUUUCCUCAUUGCCGAACGAUGAAGAGAACCAAGGAAAUCAGUUCCCCCAGGUACUGAUUCUCAACGUCACAUUUUUACCCGAAGACUAUGAGCAGGUCACAGAUAAUGUAAACAGCUCGUAUACAUUAAUUAAUACUACCCUGGUUCAAAAGGCAUGCACGCUGACCGGAGGGGUCGUUGAAUAUGACAUGAUUCUGGAAAAGGGCACUGUGAGUCUGAAAUGGGAUGAUUGGAGUAACGAUGCAUUUCUUUACGCUGUCGAGAUGCUAGGCCCUGACGAUUUUGGUGGUAACAGCGCUAUCGGCGGCUUUCAAUACGCCGCUUCCUACCUCUUCACCUCUAGUGCCACCUGGAACUUCGGCGGCGCCGUAUCCUCGUAUUCCCUCUCCGGCUACCUUGCUAACCAGCUCAUGACUGGCGACGCUGGAAAUGAUAAAGCCACAUGGGAGGACCCAACCGACUACAUUAUCAACCAAUUGCGCAACAUAGCGUUCCGGACGGCACUGAAAGUGGGCAAAGAUAAUGUGACAAGCAACGCGACACAGAAUGUGGAAUACGUGGGGCGGUACACUGAGACGCAAUACGUAGCAGAUUUCGGCUUAAUUGCAGCGGCGACGGUGCUUAAUGUGCUGGCGAUUGCUGCUGUGGCGCUGGGAUACUGGGGGGGGGUGGCGCUUGGGAGGAAGGCUGGGCUGGGCCCGCUGGAGAUGGCGAUGGCGUUCGAUGCAAGGCCUUUGAAGGACGUAGGGGUAAACGCGACAGCAUGCGAGAUUUGUCAGGUAUUACGUGGAACAAAGGUUAAAUAUGGGGAGGUGGAGACCGGAGGCGGAGGAGAAAGUAUGAGAUUAAUGUUUGCGAAUGAAAAGGAUGUGGUGAGAGGGCCGGUGUCCGGUGCUGAGUAUUAG